AUGAGUCCGGGCUUGCCGCUUGCUGAUCCGCACGUUGGCGGCGACGGCGGCUGCGGUGCAGCUGCUUCGUCUGGAGGUGCCACGGUUCGCGCCGCGAUUCCCGGCGUAGGAAGCGGCGGCUUUGGCGCGGAAUCAGCCGCUCUGGAGCAGCACGACGGGAGCCAAGCAGCGGCUGCGGCGGCUGCUGCUGCGGCUGCUGCCGCUGCGGCGGCGGCGGCGGCUGGGGGAUGGAUGUUGCUCCCUUCAGCUGGUUCUCUUCAUAAUCACCCCGCGCUUUUAUCACCUGCUGCGGCGUCCGUGCAGCACAAUCACCUGCUCGCUUCGUUGAAGUCAAUCGGUAUUCCCGGAAUCUCGCCAGUCGGCGCAUCCCAGCCGUCCAUCUCCCUAUCGCACGGUCACUUGCCGUUCCCGUCCCCUUACGCUGGUAACUCCGCGGCGCUGAUUCCGUUUCUCCCCCCCGGUGCCCAUCAUCAAAUAAGCAACCUCCACAUCAGUGGCGGUGCGCAAGGGUUGAAUCAUAGCGCGUUAGGUAACCCUCUAGUUGCGUCGUUAGGAGGCUCUAGCGCAUCAACCGCAUCUGGACAGGCUUUAAUUCCUAUGCAAGCCCCUGUCAUGCCCACGCACCCCGGUUUCCCGAGCAACGGUUUCGUCUCGUCUCACUUCGACCCUGCUGCCGCCGCCGCCGCCGCCGCAGCCGCUGCCGCCGCCGCCGCUGCAGCCGCGACAUACCCGCAACCAGUUUCCGCGUCGCUCCCCGUCGCAGGGGCCGUUUCCGCCUCCGCCGGUAACGGCGCGGGCGGUUUAAUCCCUUCUGCGGCCAUACCCGGUCCCGCCACCGCCGCUUCCGCCGCCGCCGCCGCCGCAGCCGCAGCCGCGGCGGCGGGACGGCUUAGUGCCGUCAAGGAUCCGCUAGGGUAUGCGGCUAUGCUGAGGUCUCGGGGGAAAGUUAACGAAGCGCUCGCGAUAUACGAGGCGAUUAUAGCGGAGAGAUUAGGCGCAGCUGUGACUAUGACGAGGGGGAAUGGAACGGGUAGCGGCGCAGGGACGAUAGGCGGGGGCGCGGGCGCGGGGGAAGGGGGAGGAGGGGCGGGAGGGGGAGGGGCGGGCGGGGCCGCGGCCGCAGCGACGGCGGAGGCGCUAGUGGGGAAGGGGCAGUGCUUGCAGGCGCAGGGGAAGCUUAGCGCGGCGUUUGAGGCGUACGUGUCCGCGUUACAGCUGAAUCCGACACAUGCUGUAGCGCUGACGCAGUGCGGAGUGCUGUACAAAGAGGAGGGGCACUUGCUAGAGGCGAUCGAGGCGUACAGGAAGGCCCUAGAGGCAGACCCAGCGUGCAAGGAGGCGCAAGAGCAGCUGGCGGUUGUGCUCACAGACCUGGGCACGCGCCUCAAGCUGGGGGGGUCGGUGCAGGAGGGCAUAGCCAAGUACUAUGAGGCUAUUGCUGCCGACCAAAGAUAUGCGCCGGCGUACUACAACCUAGGGGUGGUGUAUUCGGAGAUGGGGCAGUACGAGGCGGCUCUCCAGUUCUAUGAUAAGGCAGUGGCGCUCAGGCCGCUCUAUGCGGAGGCGCAUUGCAACAUGGGCGUCAUUUACAAGAACUGCGGGGAUUUGCAUUCGGCUAUUGCGUGCUAUGAGCGGUGUCUUGCGGUAGCGCCCAACUUCACCAUCGCACGCAACAACAUGGCCAUCGCGCUCACUGACCUGGGAACCAAGGUGAAGCUAGAGGGCGACAUAUCAGCAGGCGUGGCGCACUACAAGCGGGCGCUGCUGUUCAACUCGCACUACGCCGAUGCCAUGUACAACCUGGGGGUGGCUUACGGGGAGAUGCUCAAGUUUGAUAUGGCAGUGGUAAUGUACGAGCUGGCGCUGCACUUCAAUCCUCAAUGUGCCGAGGCGUGCAACAACCUGGGGGUGAUAUACAAGGACAGAGACAACCUGGAUAAGGCGGUGGAGUGCUACCAGAAGGCGCUGCGCAUCAAGCCCAGCUUCUCUCAAUCGCUCAACAACCUCGGGGUCGUGUAUACCGUGCAGGGCAAGAUGGAUCUAGCACUCAACAUGAUUCAAGCGGCCAUUCUCGCCAACCCCGCGUAUGCAGAGGCAUACAACAACCUGGGUGUGUUGCACAGGGACGCGGGCAACAUCCCAGCAGCCAUAGAGGCGUACCAGCAGUGCCUUGCCAUCGACCCCGACUCCAGAAAUGCCGGCCAGAACCGUCUGCUGGCAAUGAAUUACAUCCAUGAUGGGCUAGACGACGCACUGUUUGUUGCUCACCGGGACUGGGGCGAGCGCUUCUCGCGCCUCUUCCCGCGCUUCUCCUCGUGGCCCAACUCGUGCCGCCCGGACCGGCGGCUGGUGGUGGGGUACAUAUCGCCCGACUACUUCACGCACUCCGUCUCCUACUUCAUUGAAGCUCCCUUGACUUACCACGACCCCAGUGUGGUCAAAGUGGUUGUGUACUCGGCCGUGGUCAAGGCGGACGGGAAAACCAGCCGGUUCAAAGAAGCAGUGCAGAGCAAGGGCGGAGUGUGGCGGGACAUAUUCGGGGUGGACGAGCGACGGGUGGCAGCCAUGGUGCGGGAAGAUGGAGUGGACAUACUGGUGGAGCUGACAGGGCACACGGCCAACAACCGGCUGGGCGUGAUGGCGUGCAAAGCCGCUCCCAUCCAGGCGACCUGGAUCGGAUACCCGAAUACCACGGGGCUCAGGGCCAUUGAUUACCGCCUCACUGACGCCUUGGCCGAUCCUCCAAGCAGCACCCAGAGGCACGUAGAGGAGUUGGUGCGGCUUCCAGGAUGCUUCCUCUGCUACACCCCCUCAUCUGAAGCGGGGCCGGUGUCCCCCUCGCCUGCGGUGGCCAAUGGCUUUGUGACGUUUGGCAGCUUCAACAACCUCGCCAAGAUCACCCCUGCCGUGGUGCGCCUGUGGGCGCGCAUCCUCCUCGCAGUCCCCGGGUCGCGCCUGAUGCUAAAGUGCAAGCCCUUCACGUGCGCCUCCAUCAGCCAGCAGCUCAUGGCGCAGCUCGAGUCCCACGGCAUCUCCCCCCUGCGCGUCGACCUGCUGCCUCUCGUUGCUGCUGCUGGUGGUACCACCGUUGCUUCUCACUCUCCUUCUUCACUCCCUCCUGUCUUCCCACUGCCACAGAUAACUCCUGCCGUGGUCCGCCUGUGGGCGCGCAUCCUCCUCGCAGUCCCCGGGUCGCGCCUGAUGCUAAAGUGCAAGCCCUUCACGUGCGCGUCCAUCAGCCAGCAGCUCAUGGCGCAGCUCGAGUCCCACGGCAUCUCCCCCCUCCGCAUCGACCUGCUGCCUCUCGUGCUGCUGAAUCACGAGCACAUGCAGAGCUACGCCGUGAUGGAUAUCAGCCUCGACUCGUUCCCCUAUGCCGGCACCACGACUACAUGCGAGUCGUUGUUUAUGGGCGUGCCGUGUGUUACCAUGGCGGGACGCGUGCACGCUAACAAUAGCUACGCCGUGAUGGAUAUCAGCCUGGACUCCUUCCCCUAUGCGGGAACUACGACCACGUGUGAAUUGCUCUUCAUGGGUGUGCCGUGCGUUACCAUGGCCGGUCGAGUGCAUGCAAACAACGUCGGCGUUUCCCUGCUCACAAACAUGGGUGAGUGGGUCUGCCUUUCACCCCUGCUGCUACCGUCGUUCCCCUAUGCCGGCACCACCACCACGUGCGAGUCUCUCUUCAUGGGUGUGCCGUGCGUCACCAUGGCCAGUCGAGUGCAUGCCAACAGUGUGGGCGUCUCGCUGCUCACGAAUAUGGGUGAGUGGGUCCUUUUCCCCUGCCGCACCUCGCACCCCUUCCGUUCGCCCUGCCAAACCUGGUGGCUCGGAACGAAGACGAGUACGCAGCAGUUGCCAACCAAUCACGUACCUCCUGUCCCCUCUCCAUUUCCUCCAGGCCUGCCGAACCUGGUGGCUCGGAACGAGGACGAGUACGUGGCCAUAGCCACGCAGCUAGCUUCGGACAUACCGCAGCUGGCGUCGCUCCGAGCCUCCAUGCGCCCACGCAUGCUCUCUUCGCGCCUCUGUGACGGCCCUGCUUUCACCCGAGUGGGUGGGAGUGGGGGUGAAGGAAGUCAAAGCAGAGGAGGAGGGAGGACAAGCAAGAAGAAGCAAGGAGAGGAAGGGGUGGUGGGAAAACGAGAAAAAUCACCAGCAGGAGCAGGAGCAGGAGCAGGAGCAGGAGGAGCAGGAGCAGGAGGAGCAGGAGCAGGAGGAGCAGGAGCAGGAGGAGCAGGGGGAGGAGGAGGGGGAUGCACGCGGACAGCAGAGGGGGUAUCUGAGGCGGUGGCAACUGUAGGGUCUAGGGAAGCACCUGUGGAGGACAGCCGUGGGGGAGGCAGCAGCAGCAGGCGGGGGGAGGGUGGGACUGGGGGAGGGUCGACAUCAGAAGCAGUAGCAGCAGCGGAGGGUGCUUCAGGUGCUGUUGGGACAGACUCUCUGAGUGCUGGCCUCAGGAGUGGUGGGAAGGGCAGGAGUGGUGGCAAGGGCAGGAGUGGUGGCAAGGGCAGGAGUGGUGGCAAGGGCAGGAGUGGUGGCAAGGGCAGGAGUGGUGGCAAGGGCAGGAAUGGCGCGUCCGUGCAAUUCGGGGUGCUGACAUGGGCAGCAGCAGCAGCAGCAGCAGCAGCAGCAGCAGCAGCAGCAGCAGCAGCAGCAGCAGCAGCAGCAGCAGCAGCAGCAGCAGCAGCAGCAGCAGCAGCAGGUGUGGUUUCUGCGGAAACCAAAACACAAGGACUGUGGGCUUCCAGUAGGGAGGAAACAGUUUCACGAGCGGAGGGAGGAGGCAAGGGGGGGAGGGUUGGGGAGAAAGGGGGGGGAGGAAAGGGGGGGAGGAAGGGGGGGGGAGGAGCGGGGAGGGGAAGGGAGGAGCAUGUAGGAGCUUCCAUCCCUUUCCAUCCCAAUCUGCUGCUGCCUUAA